AUGACUGAGCUCAAGGAGCCAGGAACUGCAAAGGCUUCCGCUUUGGAUGGGCCAGACCUCAAGGUCGAGUAUAAUAACAGUCUAUCCACCUGCAGCUUAAUUAUUGAUCCCUCUUCUCCUAGACACCAAUGGGAAAAAUGGAAUACUCUGUUCAUAACUUCUCUAGAACCGAGAAUAACUUCCAUGGCUUCCACGUUAGCAAGCAUAGAUAGCAACAUUCACAAUCUGCAGGAAAGAGCUCAUGUCUGGGAUACUUUUCAAUUACAUUUGUCAGCAUGGAAUGAACAGUUAGCUUCAUUAGAUAGAAAAAUGGACAUCAUAAGCAAGGGCCAAGAAAGCUUUCUUUCGCUAGAUAACAAAAUGAAUACAAUUCUUACUUUAGAGUACAAGUUGGAUAAAGUAAUGCAAACCUUGAGUCAAGUACAGGAUACUGUCUCUAAUUUAGAAACUGUAGCACAAUCCAAAAGUUAUCAAAUCGUCCACGAUUCUUUACUAAGUGAGUUUACUUCAAGAGGAGUCCUAAGCUCGAUCAAAAUGGUGGAGAAAAAACUCGACAGAUUAUUAUUAGCUAAUCAAAAUACAUUAAUAAAAUCCAAAGGAGUCGAUAAAGCUAAGCUGCAGAUAAAAUGUAACACCCCACGACUGCUGGAAGACCUGUUGAAUGACGUUUCUUCAAAAGUUGAUGUUAUGUUUGACACAGUCACUAAAGAUAAAGCCAAUACACAGAAUCUUGAUUAUGAUAGCGAAUAUUUAGAGAUGAGCGAAGGAAGUGGUGGAGUAAUAGAUUUGAAAUACCAGACAACUGGAGAGGGUUCAAGGAAAGCAGCGAAAAAAUCUUGUAACCAAAUGAACCUUCUAGAAGAAAUUCUGAACAGGACGAUAAGAAUAGAAAACGCUACUCUCGUCAUCCUAGACACAGAAAACACACAUUAUGAAAAAAUAACAAACAGGAAAUUCCAUUCUGAAAUCUUAGAAGCAAUCAAAGAGAAAUCAACUGAUCUGUAUAGCAUUCUGGGAAGUUAUUUCAGUGAGCAGAGAGCGCAUUUCGAAGGAAUUAUGCGCAGAUCUGGUAGAGCUAGGUGGGAAAAUACAACGCCAUCAGUAAAUUCAAAAGUGUCCGCUCGUACGUGGUGGAAUGAUACAACCCCUGCAGUCAAAUCAACAGUGUCUGCUGGUAUACAUUGGGAUGAUACAACCCCUUCAGUAAAUUCACCAAUAUCCACUCUAACCUCAUCAGCAGCUCGUUAUCAGACCGAAAGUUUACCCACUGAAGAAACCUUCGAGAGCAGUACACCCAAAAUUUAUGGGAUCACUGCACCCACAAAUGAAAAUGUGACUGAACUUGAUUAUACAGAAGAACUUGAACCUUCCUGGAAACCGAUGAUCAACCAAAAUAAAUCAUCCUGUCAAGAUUUAACGAAAGAUGAAAACAGUGGGGUGUAUAUUUUCGAAAAACACGAAGCAAGUGAGGAAAUGUUCUUCAACAAAAGAUACUGUGAGAUAAGAAACGACGGCUUAUGGACUGUGAUACAGAGAAGGGACAACUACAACCCUCAGCAUAACUUUAACGUUUCCUGGGAAGCAUACAAAUAUGGAUUCGGAAAUCUUCACCAAGACUUCUGGAUAGGAAACGAGUUCUUGCAUAAGUUUUCCAAUGAUUAUAAUUUGGUGUUGAGGAUAGAACUAGGAGAUUUCGACAAUAACAUGGUAUGGGCUGAGUACGACACCUUCUUUGUAGGUUCUGAAGAAGAAAAGUAUAAAUUAACGGUGGGAGGCUACACCGGUAACUCCUCGGACUCAUUCUCCAGCCAUACGGGAUCUUACUUCAGUACUUUUGAUAGGACGUAUGAUCAAGCCCCAGAGUGCUGUCCUUGUGCUGUAUCUUAUGGAGGAGGUUGGUGGUUCAAUAGGUGUUUUGAAUCCAAUUUGAAUGGUAUUUAUUAUCGAAAACCGAACGAAAAUUCUUACUUCAGAGGAAUAAUAUGGGAACAUUGGUUGGGCAACUAUUCAUUGAAGAAGACAAUAAUGAUGGUGAAACCUCGAGGUAGAGUAUACACGGAUGUUUCCGUAACACAAAAAGUGGAAAGAAUUCCCUACUAUGAAGAUCCAUAAUUUAAUACAUUCUAUGGCAUAUUAAUUUUUUAAGUGAAACUCUGAAACAGCUGAAAUCAAGUGAAUUCGAUAAUGAAAUCAGUUAUCUACUUACUGUAAUUCAAAAACCAUAUUCUGAAAAUAAUUUUUGUCGUGAUUGUGUAUGUUUUAUUGUUAAAUGAUAUAAUAUACAGGAUGUAACAUAGGUACGUUAAAAUAUUCAAGUGACGUAUU